AAGGAUGCGCCGGAGCCGGAAAAGCCUUACCAAUGAAACCCCUCUAUUCACGCAGCGGCGGCGUUCCAAAUGACGUAGCUUCCGGCGUCGCUCUCUCUGUGUGUGUUUUUUUUUCUUUAAUUCUCCCCCCUCUCAGUGAUGGCGGCUUCGUUUCCCUGUCCUUCUUCAGAGAACGGAAAAUGGUAUUUCACAAGGGAGCAGCUCGAGAAUAGCCCGUCCCGCCGUGCGGGUUUAGACCCAGACAAGGAGCUUUCUUACCGCCAGCAGGCUGCGAACCUCCUUCAAGACAUGGGGCAGCGACUCAAUGUUUCCCAGCUAACAAUUAACACAGCCAUUGUUUAUAUGCAACGAUUCUACAUGGUCCAGUCCUUCACCAGAUUCCACAGGAACGUUAUCGCCCCAGCCACUCUGUUCUUGGCUGCCAAGGUGGAGGAGCAGCCGCGCAAGCUGGAGCAUGUUAUAAAGGUGGCCCAUGCGUGUCUCAACCCCCAGGAUCCAUCUCCGGACACCAAGAGCGAUGCUUACCUGCAACAAGCCCAAGACCUGGUCAUUCUUGAGAGCAUAAUACUGCAGACCCUGGCUUUUGAGAUUACCAUCGAUCAUCCACACACACACGUUGUCAAGUGUACCCAGCUAGUCAGGGCGAGCAAAGAUUUGGCUCAGACGUCCUAUUUUAUGGCUACCAACAGUCUGCACUUGACCACGUUCUCCCUCCAGUACAGUCCUCCCAUAGUGGCCUGCGUGUGCAUCCACCUGGCAUGCAAGUGGUCAAACUGGGAGAUCCCGGUGUCGGCCGAUGAGAAGCACUGGUGGGAGUAUGUGGAUCCCACUGUGACUCUGGAGCUGCUGGACGAGCUCACCCAGGACUUCCUGCAGAUUCUUGAGAAGACUCCGAACCGGUUAAAGCGGAUCCGGAACUGGAAGGUAACCUCGAUGGCCGGGCAGACGACCAAGAAAUCGAAGCUGCAGGAAGGCGGUGGGGAUCAGACGGACACUUUGAUGAGCAUGAUCUCGAUGGCUUCCUCAGAGAUGGCGCUGGCAGGGCUGAUGAGCAUGUCUGCGGCCACGCCCCCCUCCUCCACCACGCCCCCGGAGCCCUCGGGGGACCAGCCCCUCCGCGCGACGGAGGGACCCCAGCAAUACUGGCAAGCCCAGAGUAAGCUGGUCCCCCAGGUACACAGAACUGCUGGCGGCGAGCAGCCUGGGGUAACUGACCAGGGGCUGGGGGGUGCGGACGUCGACAUGGGGUUCCCCUCUCUCCAGAAAUGGCAGGCCGCCCCUGCGAAAGUGUCUCUGAGCGAGUACCGGGCGAAGCACGCCGAGGAGCUGGCUGCCCAGAAACGCAAGCUGGAGUGCAGGGAGGCCAGCCGGAAAGAGCAGUACGCCACGGCCACCCAGCAGAAGAGAGACCGGCCUCCUCCUUCUCAGCGGCAGAGGGAGAGCGUGGAAAACCCUUCCCCCAUCGUCUUGAAAAUCCCCAUCGGGAAUUCCGAGAAGCCGGAGAAGGGGUCCCUGAAGAUGCGCAUCCCGAUGGGAGGCUCCGGGGAGAAGGCAGGGAGCGCUGGCUCGGGCUCGGGGCGUCCCGAGGAGAUCAAAGUGAGGAUCCGAGUCCCCGCGGUGGCAGCGGAGAGGCAGAGCUCGUCGGACGAAGGGAGCGGCAAGAGCAAAGACAAGCACCGAGAGCACUCGUCAAACCACCGGCACCACCUCCACUCGCACAAGAACCCCCGCGCGUCCACAGGCAGCAAGAGAUCGAGUGACUCCUCCUCCUCCUCCAGUCACAGCACCCCUCAAAGCGGGGCCUCGUCCCGCAAGCGCCCCCACUUUGACGAGUCCGUCGCCGCGAUGCCCCACAACCACCAGCCAAAAGCUGGCCAAAAGUCUUCCAGAAGCUACCAGCCGCCCCUUCCUCCUCUACCCCCCUCCUCCUCCUCCUCCUCCUCCUCCUCCUCCACCAGCCAGCAGUUCGGUUUCUUGGACCUGCCUUUCAUGCAGCAGCAGCCCGCUGGCGGCUCGGGGAAGGUGCCAUCGUCGGACGCCAACGGGCACGGCGCCAACAGCCAGCCCAACGACUACCAGGACACCUUCGACAUGUUGAACUCCUUGCUGAGCGCCCAGGGGGUGCAGCCCGCUCCCCCUCCACAGUUUGACUACGUGCCCUCCCCUUACGGGGAGUACAGAUACCCCGGGCUGCCCCUGAGAGCCAAUCAGGGCAACCGGGGCGGCUCCCGACCCCCUCCCCUGCCUGCAGAUCCCCCUCCCCCUCUCCCACCUCUCCCAAAAUGAAGGGGGUGGGGGGGUGGGGGCGGGGGAGAGAAACUAGAAAUAUACUACUGAGUGUGUGGGACACUUUCUAAAGGAAAUAUGCACCUGCUAAUGGAAAUUGGGGUGGAGUCCUAGGCAAGGUAACAGCAGACUUGGUUCCAGACUUUUUAAUGCCUGUUAGGCCACUGCCCGCCCUCUCUCUCGCUCUCUCUGUUGCGUGUUUCAGGGGUAACUUGACAGCAGAGUAAUGUACCACUAAUAUGUUUUUAUUAUUUUUUAUUUUUUUUGGGAUGGGGGGGGGGGGGGGCUGUCCCCUUCAGUGUAUCAAGAAAGAUAAUGGGGGGGGAGAUGUUAAAGUGUGUGUUGUAUAUGUUAUGUAAUUCAGAUCUGUAAUAUUGGUUAUAUUUUGCUUUCCUUUUCUUUGUGUUUUAUUUUUGAAUGUCAAAGAAGAUGAUGAUGAUGAUGAUGAUGAUGAUGAAGGUGGCUGCGAUACGUUUAUGCACGAGUUGGGAAAAUCAAAUAUUUUUUAUUUCCAGAGUUGUAUUAUAUUUGUAAAGCACUGGCGACAUUUCAUUUGAUUUAGAUUCAUUCAUUUUUAGAAAAGUGUUUAUUAGGUUUUUGUCUUUUUUUUUUUUUUUAAAGGUAUAGUGAAUACUUUAAAAUGCCUCUAGCGAUUUUUGAUUUUGAAUUAGCCAGGCAUGUUUUUAAUGUCAGCACUGGAGGUUUUACUAGCGGCUCUGUGUUUUAAUUUUUUCGUUAUUUUAAAAACGGCAUUUUGAGACGUCAGCAGUGAUUUCUAACACUCCCGUUGCAAACAGGGAUGGAAAUAACACUCCCACUGCACAGCAGCUUGACUCAUUCCCGGUUCUACUGUGAGUUUAAUAAGACUCACCUGAGCUUGUUAGCUAUACACACUGUGGUUAAUCAAGCUCGAAUUAACACCUGGAAUGGAUGAAACUGCUGUGCAACUGGAGUCUUAUUUUAAUCCCUGCAAAGCCAUCUGAGCAGAGCUGGAAACUCCACCAGCCCUGGGUUUCAGAACAGCCCUGAAUUAAGUCCUCAUGUUAUUGAAGCGAGCAGGAGCUGUGAGUUUAAGUAAAUGGUUUGUCUCUGCAGACUCUGUUCAGAGCAGGUUUAGCAGGGGUCUGAUUGGUCCAGUUCAAGCUCUGGUGUGCAGUAAAACCUGGGCUGGCUCAGUGUGCUCUGCAAUGGGAGUCUCUUUCCUUUUCCAGUAAGAGAAGCAUUUACGCUGCUCUUAACUUCUGCGCCACCUGUGCUAGUCGGCUGCCUGAUGUGUUGUUAUGUGGGCAUAUAACUUCAUCGUACAGAUACUUGAAUAUUUAUUACCCUUGAGUAAGUGCGUUGCGUUUUGUACUUAUUCAUUCUCGUUUCUAAUCUUGCUCCCGGCAUCCCUUAUUCAAACUCCUAAUCGUUUCAGUAUUAACCUCUUGGUGUACAGUCUUGGGUAAGCUUUGCUUGGGGUGCAGUUGCGUUACACACGGCUGUGCGAGUGAGAUCUUCCUUGCUGUGUGUGUGUUAUUUUUUUUCACAUGUGUUCUGGCACAGUGGAAAGGCUCCAGUGCCCCACGCCAGUGCGGUGUGUAAGAAUCCCUCCUGGAGCAGGAGAUCUGUGUUGGUGGUUCGGCUGUGCAAUGUCAGUGUUUUAAAACUGGUUUAAGAAUGUUCUCCGCCUCAGAGGUGCUUGCAAACAAUGUGACUCUUUCGCUGAAGGCAAGGUGCAGCCCAGCAUUGAAGGCGCAGCUGCUUUCUAUUCAUUGUGAUUUGGAUGCGUCUCAGACUGGGUACAGAGCGGUUCAGGAAUCACUGGACUGACAUGCAACGAGCACAGGGGUUCUCAUAGGAGUCACAGUGAGGCUCUGGGGGAGGGAUACUACAACAAUACUACACUGUCUUGCUUUUAAUUGUGAUUUUGUGUUUUUUUUUUAAUCGACACUUUAGAUUCAGUGUCAUUUUUUUUUUUUGAUGUUGGUCACACAGGUCAAGGCUGCUUCAGUGGGGCCCUGAGCUUCGUCAGGUUGGCACGCAGCUGGUUGGUUCAUACCCAGUGCAGACUUUGUGCCCUGAGUUUCUAGAGGUGGUCAAGUGACUUCAGCAACCUGGUAUAAUUGUUAGGGGCGGGUUCAAAUGAACAGAUUCCCAGGCAAGUUAAAUCCAGCAGCAGCCGUUUGGAGGUGAAAUGGGCGUUUUCUCGUUGGCAUUUUAUUUUAGUGAGCAGCGUGAUCCUGCAGGAUUUAAAAACAAAACAAAAAACAUGAGCGGGCGGGGGGGGGGGUAUUUUUACUUUUUGUAUAAAAAAAAGAAUGUGAAUUGCAGCAUAAAAAAUAAACAAAAAAAAAAGCUUUUUAGUUUUAAUUUUUUCAAAUGACAGUCAUUGUUUUAAAUGGUUGUUUAGUCUGACCAGCCCGACACUGAAGUCAUUUCAAAUAGAGAAUCAUAGUGCCCUUGAUUAAAAUAAUAAUAAUAAUAAUAAUAAUAAUAAUAAUAAUAAAAACAAAGACAAGUGUUCACUUGUUUUAUUCUGGAUAUCAUUGGUAUAGUCGCUGGGUGUGAUCUGGGACCAUGACAGUAACAUGCCGGUAUUUCACUGGGGUCCUACCGCCGUGUGUCAAUAUUCAGGUUAUAAAGGGUUUAGGUAAAAUAACAUUUAAAAAUGUCUAUCGAGGUCCAAGCUACAGCUAGUCUCAGUACACUGAUCGUAUCAGGAAUAUGUUUUUGACAAAUGUACUUUGAAAAGUGUGUUUAAAAUAUAUAUAUAUAUAUAUACACAAUAAAAAUAA